GCGGAGCGCGGAGAGGCGCGGAGGAGCGCGGCAGGCCGAGCGCCGGGAGCGAGGCGGCUCAGACAUGGACCGCGGCGAGCAAGGUCUGCUGAAGACAGAGCCAGUGGCCGAGGAAGGAGAGGAUGCUGUCACAAUGCUCAGUGCUCCAGAGACGUUGACGGAGGAGGAGCAAGAGGAGCUGAGGCGGGAGCUUACAAAGGUGGAAGAAGAAAUCCAGACUCUGUCCCAAGUGUUGGCUGCAAAGGAGAAGCAUCUCGCUGAGAUCAAGCGGAAGCUUGGGAUCACCUCGCUUCAGGAAUUCAAGCAGAAUAUUGCCAAAGGGUGGCAAGACGUGACGGCAACCAAUGCAUACAAGAAGACAUCUGAGACUCUGUCGCAAGCUGGGCAGAAGGCUUCCGCUGCAUUUUCAUCGGUUGGCUCAGUCAUCACCAAAAAGCUGGAAGACGUGAAUAUCCGCUCCAUUCAGCAUUCGAUUAGCAUGCCUGCUAUGAGAAACUCCCCAACUUUCAAGUCAUUUGAAGAAAAAGUUGAAAAUUUAAAGUCUAAAGUAGGAGGAGCCAAGCCUGCUGGCGGCGAUUUUGGAGAAGUCCUGAAUUCCACAGCCAACGCUACCAGUACCAUGACCACAGAGCCUCCUCCAGAACAGACGACAGAGAGCCCCUGAGCUGCCGACCUGUGUCCUGCUGCCCACUGCCAGCUGCUGCCAGCGAGAGCCAAGCACAUCUUGACAACGCUCAUGGCUGCAGAUUUCCACCAGAUGUGCUUUUAUCUAGCUUUACUUAUUUCUUUGACCAAAUAGUUGAUGACUGAAACAAAGUGAAAUCACCUUCACCUCCCCUCCAGGGAAACACUUAGCGUGCAUGGCAGGCCCUUUGUCGAGGAAACUGCAUCAUAGAGCCUCUGGUAGGUCCCUGCAGGCAACUACUGUGUUUCUCCUAAAAUCACUGCACAUCUGGAUUCUCGUUUGAUCUUUCUUUACUAUCUAGAUGAGUCAUUGUUUCUGGAACUCUGUACACUUAAUCAGUUUCUAACUAAAACUGUUCUUUUCUAAAUUCUGGUUAUUAACAGUCUUGGAAUUAUUUUAUUACUUUCAAAGGAGAAACUACCAGCUACAUUUUUUUUUCUUGGAUAAACAGUUAUAUGAGGACCAUAUCUUGGGUUUUUAAAGGCACCAGACUAAAGUAGACAGGUGUGUAUGCAGUUCAAUAGUCCUGUAAAUUAAAACAUGCAGACACUCAAGCUUCCAGUGGCGAGAGUAUGGGUCCUGCCCCGCCUUGGUAACUGUCAUUUGUAGCUAUAUCUAUUUCAGCAUAUCGGUUAUUUAUUAUACUAUUCCUAUACAUUUUUUUACAAGAUUAAAAUUUAAUUUCAGGUAAAUUGACAGAAUAACAUUGUGAGUUAAGUAUAUGAUAUUACAGUAGGUUGGAAUGUUCCCACACUCAUCACUGAUAAUUCCAAAAGUCUAAAAAGUCUUUAGGCCUAUGCAGCUAUAAAAAUGCUAAAAAAUUUCACCUUCGGGGAAAUUACUGCCUCCAUUAAAUCCAUUAACACCUUUUAGGAAGCACAGAAAGUUCUAUGAGAAGUACAACUUGAUUUUUUUUUAUACUAAGGUAUCGUUGAUAACUCCGAAGGCUGUGAGGCGUUACUACGACUGAGCUUACCAGGAUGUACCUGUUGUCAGUGUGUUAGUGACUGAGCUGUACUGUAGACAUUGUUCCACUGUAAGAACUGUCGGGGCUGUGAGUCAAAGCUUUCCCAUGGCUCUGCUAGGCUCCUCUAUUAACUGUGGUUACUACUGACUCACUACUGCUUCCUUCGCUGUGUAUGUUUAUGGCCUAUGAGGUUGUAUCUGUUACUUACCUAUUGUGGUGGUUUUACCAUUGUCCAUGCCAAAUGUUAAUUGCCAAGCUUGGAGUGACCUAAAGCAUUUUUCAGAGCAUGACUAGAUUUAAUUGAGGAUAAGGUUUCUGCAAACCAGAAUUGAGAAGCCACAGUGUCAGUUGUUACAAAAUGACAUGCUGCCAUUCCUGAUUGCUACUUGGAUGCAAUGGAAACUAUGCUUGAUUACAUGUGAAAAUCUUAAUAAAGUCUGUGUCUCUAGUAUAGGUUUCAAUAUUUAUUAAGAGGACAGUGGUCUGGACAAAACUUGUUGUAUUCGAAAAUAAACUGGUAUUCUGGAAGCAUUUUCCUAGAGGACUGGAACUGUAGAAAUUUGUCUCUAGAGAAAUAUUAUGAUGAUUCAAUAUAAUGAUUUUUCUACCAAUUAGUCUUUUAUUUUUCUUCUUCUUCUUGCUAACAUCUUGUUAAUAGAUUGUUUCCUGGGUGCCUACUCUGUAUUUGUAACCAGGCAAAAACAGAAUAAGAUGGUACCAUAUAUAUAUAUAUAUAUAUAAUCUUCAAAUUUUGUGAAGAGACUUGUCAUAUGACGAGAAUGAUGAACGUGGAGGGGAGGAGGAGAAGGGAUGCACAUACAUGAGACUGGGGAUGAGUGUGGAAGAAAAUCUUCCCACACUUCAUCUAGAAAGUUAAUCUACUGGAAGGCAUCCUGCCUCAUCAAAGACGAUACAAAACGAUGGAGGACUAACUCAGAAAAUUCAAUGGGAGUUUCAGAAUAUUCACGUAUAUCCAGACUAUCUGUUGGCGAUUCACUAUGAGUUAGUUCACAGAUCCUAAGGAAAUUACAGACAGCUAUUAACAGAAAUAUGGCAGAGAGGUUGGGCUUCUUACUGGGAUUUGCGUUUUAUGCUGGGAAAACAGCAAGAGGGGAAGCUCGGGUUUCUUGUGAAAUCUCAACUGUAUAAGGAUGCCAACGGUGAUGGAAGUGCUCCGAGGCCUUACAAAAGCAGUGUUCCCUAACUCGAGGUUCUGUGGGACACUAGCAAGAAUUCUUAAUAGAACCUGAGAAGUGAAUAAGAGAGAGAACGCAUCACCAGCACUUGGAUUUCAGCCACUGCACACAAUUCUUGGAAUACAGAAAAGGUUUAAUUUGAACUCCUUCUGGAUCUUUUAAUUAAGUUACACACUGUUUUCUGUAAAACAGAAUAAAAACUAUAAGUUGGGUAGGGGUUCUUUUUUAUGUAUUUCCCCUCUUUCAGGAAAGGGUGAGUCAUCUUUGCAACGUCUCUCAGACUCUUCAGAUGCUGACAUGUAAAACAGCAAAGUAAAGCAACAAACUCAGCCAGCCAGCCAGCCAGCCAGCGUGGCAGCACAUGCAUCUUGGGUGUUGCUGCGAGUGUGCGAGAGGACACAGCAAACGUGACUGUCAGGAUCCUGCAUUCUUUACAUUGUUUUCUUUUAAGAUUUAUUUCAUUAUGUGAUUGUAUGCAAGUGUGUUAUGUGCAUAUGAGUAUAGGUGCCUGUGGAGAGCAGAGAUGUCAGGUUGUCCUAGAGCUGGAGGUACAGUCAGAUGUACAUGUUGGGAACGGAACUUGGGCAUUCAUUCUCUAAGAGUAAUAUUAUGGACUUUGAACUGAUGAGCUAUCUUUCCAGAUCCUUUUUAAUAGUUCUUAAGAUCAGCUGAAAGGCUGGAUAUUUCCAUAGCAAAGAGACAUCUGACCAGAGAUUAGUCCUUGUUUUCUACUUGGAUUGAUGAUAAAAAG